CAAGGUGUGCUUGUUGCCAAGGCCCCAGCUUUAAUCCUGUUUGCUCUUGGCCUCCCACCCCGGUGGUAGAGCAGAGCCCCCCAGAUGGUAUGUCAGAGGCCUGUGUUGGGGGCAGAUGGCAGGGUGGGUAGCUGACAUGUGUGCAAAUGACCUCUGGGAGUGGCUGGCCCUCCAGAAGAUUCCAGGGAACCUUCUUCUACCUUUACUCUAGCCUCGGGAGUCAGGAAUUCUGCUAGGAGCUUUGGAGCUUGGAGAACACAGGAAUAAGAAGGCAGCCCCAUGCCAAAUCCUUUGGUUCAGAUCUGCUCUUCUCUUGGUCACUGUGACUGGAAAGUAGCUCUCAAGAAAUUCAGUCAGAGUGGGGAUGUUUGUGAGUAAGGUGGAGAGGUGAAUGGAUGAAUUCUUGGUUCCACUUUAAUUGUCUUGAGACCAGAGGGAGUAGCUCUGUGUGUGUGUGAGUGUGUGUGUGUGUGUGUGUGUGUGUGUUGAUCAGUACUAACUAGGCCAGCUGAGAAGAGGCUCUAGGUCAGGUUAAUUGUGUGGUGUCAAGGGUGCUGAUCUAACACUUUGUGACCUUGGACAAGUUAUUUAACUCAGGUAAGCCUCUGUUUCCUCACCUAUAAGAUGGGUGCAGUAAUAAAACCUGCCCUAGGGAGUUACAAAGAUUAAAAGCAAUAAUUCAUGCUCUCUCUCUUGGAUAAAUAAAUAAAAAUAAAAUCUUAAAGAAAGAGAUAAUUCCUGUAAAUAUUCAGUGUAGUGCUUGGUUCAUAGUAAGAAGCCAGUAAAUGUUGGUUAAUACUAAAGCGAGGGGGAGUAGUAUGUAUUUGUUCCAUAGUGUCAUGAUAUAAGUAAUCAGAAGGUUUAGGGGGGAGCUCAUGCGGGACUCAGCACAGCAGAGACCUAAGUCCCAAAUGCAGGAUUAUUCUGGUGGCUGAAGUCAGAAUGUGGGACCUUGUCCAGGACAACUUGCGGGGUUGGUGUCUGCUGAGGAGGAUGGGACCCUUUCUAGACCUAGAUGGGUCCGAGUGGCUUGAGAAUGUGUGUGCCUGUGUGUGGUGUGAGCAUGUGUUUGUGCAUGCGCACGUGUGUGCGUAUGCGUGUGUGUGUUUGAGAACCAGCUGAGCCUCUGGCAGGAACUAGUCUUAUUUUGGGACUCUCUGUCCUCGGGCACUUCACUAACGGGAGGUGUGGUUUGGCGGUGGACUUGAACCUCAGAGGCAGGGUUCCAAAAUCUGACUGUGAUGCUGGGUGUGCUGGGUCCUCAGGUCAGUUAUUCAGGGCUCCCCGUCUGCCUCCACAACUGUGAGACAGGGAGGCAGUACCUGAUUUUCGGGCUUUUGUGCCAUAUGUGGAAGGACCUGGCCCAGAGCCCGUCACAUGGCGAGCCGUAAAUACUGUGUUUGCUCAGUGGCCGGAUGACGCAGACCUCACGCUGCAGCCCAGCAGAGUGCACUGCUUGUGAAGCAUGGGCCCGGGGACCUAAGGAGCAGCCAGAGCCCGGGGGAGGGCAACGGAAGGCUAACAGCCUACGUCCUGCUCUUGUCGCCGCCAGUGCCUGGCCGGAGAGGACUGUGGUGGUGGAUAUGGGGGAGCUGGCCCAGCGCCAGCCCUGGUGGAAGAGCCAGCUGUUCGUGUGGGAGCCAGUGCUGUUCGGGACCUGGGAUGGUGUGUUCACGUCCUGCAUGAUCAACAUAUUUGGGGUCGUCCUCUUCCUGAGGACUGGCUGGCUGGUGGGAAACACGGGAGUACUCAUGGGCAUGUUCCUGGUGUCCUUCGUCAUUUUGGUGGCCCUUGUCACUGUGCUGUCCGGCAUCGGUGUUGGGGAGCACUGUGGUGUCGGCAGCGGGGGUGUCUACUCCAUGAUCUCCUCGGUCCUCGGCGGGCAGACCGGAGGCACUAUCGGGCUGCUCUAUGUGUUCGGACAGUGUGUUGCAGGUGCCAUGUACAUCACCGGCUUUGCUGAGUCCAUCUCCGAUUUGCUGAGCAUCAGGAGGAUCUGGGCGGUGCGAGGAAUUUCGGUCGCGGUGCUUCUGGCCUUGCUGGGCAUUAACCUAGCGGGUGUCAAGUGGAUAAUCCGGCUGCAGCUGCUGCUGCUGCUCCUGCUGGCCGUGUCCACGCUGGACUUCGUGGUGGGCUCCUUCACGCAUCUGGACCCAGAGCACGGUUUUGUGGGCUAUUCCCCGGAACUGCUGUGGAACAACACUCUGCCAGAUUACAGCCCCGGGGAAUCUUUCUUCAGUGUCUUCGGGGUGUUCUUCCCAGCGGCUACAGGAGUCAUGGCCGGUUUCAACAUGGGGGGUGACCUCCGGGAGCCCGCUGCCAGCAUCCCCCUGGGCUCCCUAGCAGCUGUUGGCAUCUCGUGGUUUUUGUACCUCGUAUUCGUCUUCCUGCUGGGCGCUGCCUGCACCCGAGAGGCCCUUCGCUAUGACUUCCUGAUAGCGGAAAAGGUAUCCCUGGUGGGCUUCCUGUUUCUUUUGGGCUUAUACAUCUCAUCCCUGGCCUCCUGUAUGGGAGGCCUCUACGGAGCUCCCCGGAUCCUGCAGUGCAUUGCCCAAGAGAAAGUGAUUCCUGUGCUCGCCUGUCUGGGGCAAGGGAAAGGGCCAAAUAAAACCCCUGUAGCUGCCAUCUUCUUGACCAGCUUAGUGACCAUGGCCUUUGUCCUUGUGGGCCAGGUGAAUGUACUAGCCCCCAUCGUCACCAUCAAUUUCAUGCUGACGUAUAUUGCAGUGGACUAUUCCUACUUCUCCCUGUCCAUGGCUGUCGGCAGCCUGCCCCCGGUGCCUGAGUCAGUGCCCAGGGAGGGCACAGGAGCUCUCCCCUGCUCUGAGCACCUGCUCUUGGAGAAGCCUCCCAGCUAUGGCUCUGAGGACACCGCCCGAAGCCUCCCUGAGGGCACUCUGCUAGAGUUCACCAAAGACAUGGAUCAGCUCCUCCAGCUAACCCAGAAGCUUGAGAAUAGCCAGCCGAGCCAAGGAGACCGUGACAGGAUCCCACAAAGGAGGAAGGGGAAACGCAGGAAGGCCACCAAGCAAACCCUACAAGAUAGCUUCCUUUUGGACCUCGAGUCCCCAGCUUCCUUCCCUGCUGAGGGCUCUGAUAGAUUGCCUGCUGCCUCCUGGGAGGGCCAGGAGACUUCCUGGAACAAGCAGAAUGCCAGGAGUGAAGGGGUUCUGCCUGCAGGAGCAUGUGCUGAACAACUUGUCCCUGAGCCAAGUGACCAGCCUAUCUCAGCUGGAGAAGAUUUUUUCCUGAAGUCUCCGCUCCAAGAUAUCCAGAGACCAACUUCUUUCUAUACCCACUUGUGCAACCCCUGGGUCUCCCUGUUAGGGGCUUUUGUGUCUCUUCUUAUCAUGUUUGUGAUCCAGUGGGUCUACACCCUCAUUAACAUAGGUGUUGCUGCCGUUGUGUAUUUCUACAUUGGUCGGGCCAGUCCAGGGCUUCACCUUGGAUCAGCUUCCAGCUUCAGCUUCUUCAGGUGGAUUAAGUCCCUUGUGACCAUCUCCUGCAGGAGCUUGAGAUCGCCCCAAGAGCAGAUAAUUUUGGCGCCGUCCCUGGCUAGGGUUGACAUGGAGAUGACUCAGCUCACCCAGGAGAACGCGGACUUCGCCACUCGGGACCGUUACCACCAGUCCUCCCUUGUGAGUCGGGAACAGCUGCUGUCUCAGUACUGAGGGACUGAGUACUCAUUAGCAGGCAGCCCGAGGACCCUCCUGCCUUGGAGCUGGCCAGGGUGCAAUGGAUCCAGAUCCCAGAGCCUUCAUGAUGCUGGUUCUCCUCAGUAAGAAUCUCAGAGAUGUUCUCCCCCUGCUGGUUUGGAGGAUGGAAAUCUGCAGUCUGGUCUGGAGCACCCAUCUCCUCUGGGGAACCACCUGAAAGCCUGUAGCCUCCGCAACAUGCACCCAGUUUGGAGAGCCCUACACAGACGUCAAGACGUGCAGGUGCGGAGAAUCACACCAGGUUGCUUGCUCUGGAGGCCACAAUAAAUAUUUUAAAUUUUAUUGUAUUAUUUAUUUUUUGAAUAAAUAAUACAUUCACAUGGUUCUAAAACCCAAAGGAUAAUCUUAUAUCAUAAUGUGCAAGCUUCCCCUCCCAUCCUUGUUCCUCCUAAGUUCAUCCCCUGCCCCAGAGGCAACCACUGUUCUUAGAUAUACUUCCAGCAUUUCUUUAUGAAUAUACAAGUAAAGAGGAAUAUGGAUUCCUAUUAACUCCCUUUCUAUCCACAAAACGUAGUAUAUUAUACAUGUGUUCUGCACCUUGCUUUUCCCCUUGGAGACAUUUCCAUACCAAUACCUAUACAGUUUCCUCAUUAUUUUCCAUUGUAUCAAAGUGGUAUAAUUUAUUUCAUCAGUUCCACAGUGAUGCCAUUUGGAUCAUUUCUCAUGUUUCUCUAUUACAAUCAGUUCUGCAGUGAAUAAUCUUGUGCAUACGUACAAGCAUAGAGUCUAUCCGUAGGAUAAAUUCCCAGAAGUGGAAUUGCGAGAUCAAAGGGCACAUGCGCUUGCAAGCUAUUAUUGUUUAGGGAAAGUAUUAUUAAUUAAAAAGUUAAAUACCGUGA